GGGAUCGAGUCAGCGCACCAGACCUUUGCCUUCAGCACCAACACAUUCCGCGCUUAGAGCACACACACGGGCGUCUUUCCUCUGGUCUGAACGGACAAACACCGUUACAAGAAGCUCAAGUAGAUAAGAUGUGGGGCGGUGGCUUAGUUGGAAACCUCUGCAUGAUUUUGAUCCAGAGGCGAAAGCGUUGAUGUAAAGUUUUACGCGGCGCUCCGUUGGUCUGAGGUGCCGCGAGAGGGAACUUGGCGUCUCCGCACCCGGACACCCUGCGGGUGCUUUUUCGAUCGGAGGACUGAACUUGCCCUUUCUGCAUUUGCGGGUUUAUGACUCUCUCUGGCAAGGUAUAGUUAAGGGGGAUCAUUUUGGUGCGGAUUGUUGAAGCCUCUUCGUGGUUCGGGAACGGAAUAACUCCUACAUGGAAGGGCAAUGAGACCCAUCUCUGCUGGGCAAUAAUUUGGACCCACCGCAACAACAGCAUGCAGGAGCGGGCGGUACAGAGGGUGUGCGCGUGGCUCGUGCUGGUGUUUUUGACCCUUCUGUCUUUCUGGGGUCACCUGUCAGAUGCCUCUUCUCACCGCAGUCACAUUGUGCAUGUGAAGGCUGGCACAUGUGAGGUGAUCGCAGCUCAUCGCUGCUGUAACAGAAAUAAGAUUGAGGAGCGAUCACAGACAGUCAAGUGUUCCUGCUUUCCGGGACAGGUUGCAGGAACAACGAGAGCUGCACCCUCCUGUGUUGAUGCAUCUAUAGUCGCUCAGAAGUGGUGGUGUCAGAUGCAGCCGUGCUUGGACAGUGAGGAGUGUAAAGUCCUGCCCGACCUCACAGGCUGGAGCUGCAGCACAGGCAACAAAGUGAAGACCACUAAGGUUACACGAUAGUUCUGUGCUCUGAUCUGCGACCUAAGCUCUUUGGAAGAAAAAAAAAUACAACAGAAGAAAAUUGGACUACCUGUGAUCCAAUAGACGGGAUUGUUUAGUAUCACUCAUACUGAGAUUAUUCACAGUAACAAAAAGAAACUGAGGACCAGACUGAUGUCUCCAGACCUGCAUCUACCAUCAACAUUAGGACCAUCCUAAAGCUCAUGUGUCCUUCUCAGUGGACCCUCUGGCCGUCUGGACACUCAUUCUUCUCUAUCAAAACUGGAUUUAUAGACAAAGGAGUGGAUUGGGCCGGGAGGGUUCACUCUGAGUUGUUUUUUAAUGAAGAUAUCUGGAUCAUAUACACCUGUGCAUCCCAAAAUGGAGUUUAAGCAGAGCAAACAUCUCUUCGGCAACAUCAAAGCUUCAAUUCUGAUUUCAUCUUCAUCAUUAAGUUCUUUCCAAAACUUCCUCAUCAUUCUAGCACUACCUGAUGAAAAGGUCCGAUAAUUGCUUCGCUCUUGUGGAACCUUUAUCCUUUAAAUGGCAUUUAAACAUGUAAAAAUCAAUCCAGAACUCAUCUACUGUAUAUUGUUUGUUUCUAAACUAAAGCUUUUCAGCCCCACAGUCUGAAAUAUGGGAGAAUAGAUGUACCAGUAUAUUAUAGAAAAUGUAAAAGUGUAAAACAUCCAAAAAUCUUAUUCUCAAAACAAGCAGAAUAAAAUGAAAGGUUAUCACUUUUAUUAUCAGUGUUUUUAUCCAGCCUGGUAACUGCUAUUGAGUACAUGUGUCAGUAUUAUAUUCAUUUAUUAAAGAUGUCAAAAAGG